CGGGCGGCGGGGCCGGACCCCAGCAUGCCGCAGCUCGAACCGGCGGGGGGGGACGAUUUGGGGGCCCCCGACGAGCUCAUCGCUUUCCAGGAUGAGGGCGAGGAGCAGGACAAGGGCGCGGGGCGCGGUUCGGCCCACGGGGACCUGGACGAGCUCAAGUCGUCCCUGGUCAGCGAGACCGAGAACCGGGGCAGCGGCACCGGCACCGGCUCCGGCUCCGACUCCGAGGCGGAGCGACCCCCCCAGCCCCGGGAAAGUUUCCAGAAGCCGCGGGACUAUUUGGCAGAAGUGGUCCGACGCCAACAAGAGGGGGGGUUUUUUAAGGGCCCCCCCUACCCCGGGUACCCGUUCCUGAUGCUGCCCGAGCUGGGCAGCCCCUACCUCGCCAACGGAGCCCUGUCCCCCGGCGCCGCCCGCACCUACCUGCAGAUGAAGUGGCCGCUGCUGGACGUCCCCACGGGCGCCACGCUGAAGGACAGCCGCUCGCCCUCUCCCGCGCACCUGUCCAACAAGGUGCCGGUGGUGCAGCACGCCCAUCACAUGCACCCGCUGACGCCGCUCAUCACCUACAGCAACGAGCGCUUCUCGCCGGGCUCGCCGCCCGGCCACCUCUCGCCCGACAUCGACCCCAAGACAGGAAUCCCGCGCCCGCCGCAUCCACCCGAGCUGCCCCCCUACUACCCGCUGUCCCCCGGCGCCGUGGGGCAGCUCCCGCACCCGCUGGGCUGGCUCGUGCCGCAGCAGGGCCAGCCCGUCUACUCCAUCCCCCCCGGCGGCUUUCGACACCCGUACCCCGCGCUCGCCAUGAACGCCUCCAUGUCCAGUUUGAUGUCCAGCCGCUUCUCCCCGCACAUGGUCCCGCCGCCCGCGCAUGGGCUGCACCCCUCGGGCAUCCCGCACCCCACCAUCGUCUCGCCCAUCGUCAAGCAGGAACCCGCCCAGCCCAGCGCCAGCCCCGCGGCCACCUCGAAAUCGCCCAUCGGUGUGAAGAAGGAGGAGGAGAAGAAGCCACACAUCAAGAAGCCGCUCAAUGCCUUCAUGCUGUACAUGAAGGAGAUGAGGGCCAAGGUGGUGGCCGAGUGCACGCUGAAGGAGAGCGCCGCCAUCAACCAGAUCCUGGGCCGGCGGUGGCACUCGCUCUCGCGGGAGGAACAGGCCAAGUACUACGAGCUGGCGCGCAAGGAGCGGCAGCUGCACUCGCAGCUCUACCCGACCUGGUCUGCGCGGGACAACUACGGCAAGAAAAAGAAGAGAAAGCGCGAGAAGCUGGCUCAGCAGCAAAGCCACGACGCCGAGAGUGAGUAUCCCCCCUUCCAGUCUCCUCCGUCCCCCCGACCUCGGCCGCUCACGGCGUCCCCGUCCUCCGCAGCCUCUUCCAAGAGCAAGAAGCCGUGCGUGCCGUACCUGCCGGCCGAGAAGCCGUGCGCCAGCCCCGCGUCGUCGCACGGCAGCAUGCUGGAUUCGCCCGCCACCCCCUCGGCCGCCCUGGCGUCCCCGGCCGCGCCAGCUGCCACCCACUCGGAACAGGCGCAGCCGCUGUCGCUCACCACCAAGGCGGAGGCGAGGGCUCCGCUGGGCUCCGCCGCCUUCCUCGCGGGCAAAGCCGCCUCUUCUUCCUCCUCCGGCCUCGCCAGACCCGUCCCCUUCUCCUCCACGGCUCUGCUGUCCUCGCCUCCUCCGGCCAUGCCCGUGCUGCAGACGCAGCCGCUGUCCCUGGUCACCAAACCCGCUGACUAAGGGAAAAUUUGUCCCCCCUCGUCCUUGUCCCCUAUAUCCCCUCCCUGCUGUACAUUGCAGAAGCCACAAUCAAGAUUCGAAUGCAGCCAAAACCAUUAUUGGUCAAUAUUUGACCCUUGCUGAACUCUUUCUUUUUCUGUAAGCAGACUCUGGAGGGAAGGGGCUUUCUGCUCGGAGCUGCUGCCAGCAGGCGACCUAAAGACCGUUUUUAUUAAAAAAAGAGGAAAAAUAAUUAAAAAAAAAGAAACCCUUGAUGGAAAUCUCCGUGGGCAGGAGGAGCCGAGCGCCCGGCGCUGCUGCCGGCCUGGAGCUCCCACAUGGGGACACACCGGGGACACGCCGGGGCCAGCGCCACGUCCCGGGGCGGCAGCAGCAGCGUCGGUACCGACCGGACCCCCCGGCUGCUCCGAGGAGCCGGGUCCUGCCCGCGGACGCUGUGUCGUGCCGGGGUGGGCAGGAUCCGGGGCUGAGCCCCGGGUGGGGUGGGCUUGUUAUUUUUCUCCUUGAAUCCCUGUUAUUUUUCACAAAAAAGAAAACAAAAAAAAGGAAAAAAAAAGGAAAUAAAACUACAGUUGCAACUCGC